AUGGCUGGCAGGAACCGCAAAGUGAAAGAAAGAAUGACAGAGCUCACAGAGCAAUUAGGAAUCCAAGACAGCGAUGAGGGUGAGAAGGGUAGAGAGAAGAAGGGUAGAAGAGAGGAUGGGAGGGAAGAAGAAGGGUAUGUUGAGAGGAGGAAGAGGAAGAAAAGUGGUGAGUGA